AUGCCUGUCCGCUCAAAAAUAUUUCUGCCUUUACGCGGACGCGUCGUCGCCCGCUCUUUCUCAGUGUCCCGUCCCCGCUGGGAGGCCGCGCCAUUGCCCGCAAGCAAGCCCGUCGGUGCUUUCCGUGGAGGAGUCUUUGGAUUCCUGUCCGGCGCUGUUGUUGCUGGCGCGUCUGUAUACUACUACAUCCUUGGUGAUUACCGCGUCGCGAAUGAGAUGUUGACUGAUGAUAUUGCGGCACUUCAGUCUGCUACCCUCAAACUCCAGUCAUACACUAAUGAGCUGGAAUCCAAGGUCAAUCAGCUACACAAGAAGUAA